CAUUCUCCUGUUUAUUUCUUGUUGCCAGAAAGGAACGCCUCGUUGAAAACAGUUUGAAAACCCGCGGAAUUUUGUGCUAAAUUUCAAGCAAGUGUAAGCUUAGAUUUUUUGAUAGACAUGGCAGAUAUUUUGAAAUUUAUGACUUUAGUGGGUAAACUUAAAACUACUAAACGUACUGGUUGGGUAUACCGCGGGGUGAAAUCACCAGAGAGCGUUUCAGAUCACAUGUACCGAAUGGCUGUGAUGAGUUUUCUCUUGAACAGUCGUGAAGAAGGUUCAAACAUCAAUCGAGAUCAUUGUAUUAAACUAGCGCUGGUUCAUGACAUGGCAGAGUGCAUCGUUGGCGAUAUUACACCAUUCGAUGGAGUGAGCAAGGAAGAGAAACACAAGCUUGAGAAGGAAACUAUGGAGCAUUUAUCGAGUUUGGUUGGGGAAGAAGCAGGGAAGGAAUUUCUGCUAUUAUGGAAGGAAUACGAAGCCCAGGAGACUGAGGAGGCCAGAUUUGUGAAAGAUUUGGAUCGAUUUGAGAUGAUUUUACAAGCUCAUGAGUAUGAAGAAAGCGAAGGGAAGACAGGAACUGGAUGGCUUCAAGAAUUCUUUGAUUGCACUAAAGAUAAAUUCCAGCAUGCCAUCGUGAAAGAGUGGGUGGAACAGCUUAAUCGAUUAAGGCACCAGCCAAAAGACUAAAAUAAAGUUAUCAUAUUCUUUAGGUAACAUAUCUUGUGAUAAUCUGGUAAUGUACAGGGUGGUAGUUAGGUUAUGGUUUAGGGUGUGAAUGAAAAGGCUGAGAAUGGUAUAGGGGAGGUGACUGACCCACAUAAGAGAUAGGUUUCGAUGUCAGAUCUUUUGAAAACAACACUUACAGUGUACCAUGAUGUUUGUGUUGGACAAGCCUUAACUAAAUUGUUCUGUGGCUAAUAAAGGCUGCAAGCCAAGCUUUUUUGGUUAUAAGUGAA